AUGCAUCGUAACGGUUGGUAUAAAGCCACAAAACUUGCACUCGGCAAGGACAUGGUUGCGGAUUUCAUGUCAUAUUUUCCCACCUACAUUUGGAGAGACACCAUAACGAAUUGCAGAAAUCACAUGCUGAAGCACAUGAAGGUGACCCGCUUGGACGACGCUUUUCCUAAAUUAGUCAAUCUUGUUAGCCCAAUCAAUGUGAUUUUAAAUUACGCUUUCUACUUUGAGAAUGAUCGUUAUGACUGGCAUUUAGAUGUCAACAAAAAUCUUUCAGCCUACAACUCAAAAGAACUUCCUCGCGGUGUCAACAUCAAACCCAAUGAGACUAUACCAGAGGUGCGUGUCACCGUACAUGAGACUUACUACCGAAAACCAAAGGAGCCCAACCCUUUACUGCAGGGCUACUGCGUUGCAAAACGAUCCGUGGGCCCACUGCCCGCCAAUUGCCAAGCAUUUGAAAAUGUCACCAACUUUCAGUUGUUUGAGUUUGGUUGGUUCCCAAAUAUCAUUCAGAGCCACAUCAGUACAUGGUGUGGAUCAGACGAAGGUCGCCGAGACUGUGUCCGGCGUCUGGAAGCCCACUACAAGAACGUGAAGACUUACUACAACCUGGGAUGGUUUGAUUUGAAUUUGAGACGGGUGCGCACCGUGGAGAAAGUGGCUGCACAGGAGAAUACCACGUGUCCCAAAAUAUUCGAAUUUGAUUAAAGUGGAACCACACCUACCGUUGUCGCUUAAACGGCUUUGUUUGUUUUUAUGAAAUCUAUCCCUCAAUGAUGUUUCUACAGCGAGAACCAAGUUGCUACAGCAUUGCGCUGCGUAUACCAGCUUCUUCAGUCCGUUCGUCCGUCCAUGGCUAACCGUUGCUUUGGAGAAUUCUAUGCAUAGUCCUUCUACGACACAAACAGCAGUGCUUGAGUAAACUCAUGUCGCUCAAUCCAACUCAAUCGCCUUUUGUCAGACGGUUUUCAUCAAGUUCGUUAACAACAUUUCCAAAGCACAUAGGAGGUUCAAAUCUAAAAACAAAGCCAGUGACGCAUAUCUACAGAAAAUUAUGCAAGAUGUCGAGGGAAAGUUUUUCCUGGUAUGCGAAACAAAACAAAGCAAGAGUAAGGGUCAUAGUGUUUGUCUAUCUUUCAGUUAGUCAUAUUCCCAGUUUGUUUCUGGGCUAAAUGUUUCUUAAAUUAAAAAGAAAUAUAUAUGAAUCAGUCCUUUUUGGUUACAUCAAUUGAGUGUUCAAAGGGUACACCCGAUAUAACAAAAGCGUGGACGAUCAUCAUAAGGUAAUCAAAUCGAGGAAAAUAUACUUUGGCCUACUACAGAUGUACAUUUUCGUCCGUUGAAACUGCCUCAAUUUAGAUGAACCAUUUCCCACAAAUAUUGUUUUUUAAAAUCAAGAUCAGUAACUGAACUUUCUCCUGUGCUGUCAUAACCAAAAUCUUAAAUCAAAAUGAUCUUCCACACAAAGUUUGUUUUUACCAAGUCUAAAGUAUCAGGGAUAACUAGCAUAUCCCAUUUACCCUCACAGCUGACCUCAGUGGCAAAAAUCUCAAUCGUCACCUUCGUCCAACUGCAACGAAUUGCAAGUUAGCUUUGGUUUUUUUAAGCACGGAGACUAUUACUUAAGUAAAACAGGCAAUCUGCUAAAAACUGAUGGCUUUUUGUAUAGUUGUGAUUGGUUCACUCUUUUACUUAGCACCUUAAUAUUUGUAGAGGAUUAUUUUCUGCUUGGCUUG